AUGGAUCCAGCAGCCGAUAGUGCGAUUGGGCAGGCGACGAUCUCGAAAGCCUUCGUUCUUGGCAUCGCGGAGUACGCGCGCUGGGGAAGGUUGCCAGGUGCAGGGGCGGAUGCGAAAGAGGCAAGCAACUUCCUUGAUGAUAUGGGCCGCAGAGAAGACACCACAGUUCUAAGUGGUGAGGUGACGCAGGAGAGCUUGUGUCAAGAGCUGACGACAUGGGUUCGGGACAUUCUCAAGGCGACAGACGGUCACGAGCGGCCGGCUCUUAUUGGCUUCUUCAGUUGCCAUAGCAUGAUGAAUGCGAAUGGUUGGCCCCCCUGCUUGCAUCCGAUGCCCCACGGAAAGAGCAUGUUUCUGGACUGUAGUUUGACAUUGAAGAACAGCUAA